GAAGAAAGACUCUCCGCUACCCCCGCACUUCUUUUCUAUCUCGAUUUGAUAAAUCAGGUGUUUGCCGAGUAGCAAACGGUUAUUUGUUUUCCCCCAGUUAUUUUUGUUUUUUGUUCACAAAGCAGCACAGUACACGCGCUUUUGUCGGUCUCAAGUCGAUGUGAAAGGAAAGGCAAGUCCUCACGUUACUGCAAAUUGUCACACUUCAACUAUUCUUUUUUGCUGUUGACCUUGAAAGACUUACCUCGUAUCCGUCAUUUUCUCUCUUUUUAUUCGGCCUACUUGUCGAACCAUAUUUUGUAGGCAAACUGCCACGUGACCAGCGCAGUGUUUAGGCAAUUAACAUAUAAUAUAUAUUUAUAUAUUUAUAUACUCUUUUUUUUCUUAGUUCGCUGUAGUGAACUUUAGCCCAAUUAUCUUUUUUUAACCUUUUUUUUAUCAGAAGACGUUUUUUUCCUUGCUUUUCUUUCGUGGUGACAGACAGACCCCUAAACGCAGCAACACUUCAAGCUGUUCUCUAAAACGAAACCUAGCGGACGCCGGAAUUGCUGCCUAUCGUUUUUUCUCAAGCCUGAGCCCCCGUGCCUUCUUCGUUUCUCUGAAGCAAAACUGACAAUUCGGAAGGGUUCACGAAAUCCUCUGCUUAAGGAGCAGGUCACGGCUAACACAAGGACUUCUUUUUUUUUCAGAUUGAUCUGUCUUUAGAUCUGUCCAUUCUUAGUUUUGAACGCAGAUAACAGCGCUUGAUUGGUGCUCUCGGAUUUCGCUGCGGAAUUCUUGACAAGCAGCGCUCCAUAAACACACCGGAAAAGAGAGUUGACGUUGUGGACGCGAUAUUUAGUGAAAGAAGAAAUUUUUUGUUUUAGAUUUUUCCUCCGCCACGUUGUAAAGCUGCGCUAACAGUAUCAUACUAUCUUACGGUGAUUAUUGUGUGUGUGUUUGUGUUUGUGACACACGACAACCACCGUCAAGUGCAAUCGCGAGGACACAGCCGACACUCAGCAUAGUGGGCCAAUAAAAAAGAGCUGUUUUCGUGAACGAGCGCUCAAUUAUUUACUCGACCAAUUGUGGAACUGCUGCAAUUCAUAGGAGCCGCGGUUUGCACAUUGUUGUUCACUCUCUGUUUAGUAGUUUCUAUCUUUUCAUUUUUUUUUCGGUGUUGCUCUGCAGCAUUUUUCUUUUAAACACAGGAAAAGAAAAGGAGGCACCCUUUACGUGAACUGCUGCUUCCAAUGAGCUCCGUUACCCUACCAUGCAACAUGGCCGGACGUGCUCCACGUCUCCUGUUGUUGCGUACAACAGCUUUAUUAUAUCUGUUCUUUGUGGUGAUCAUUGUCGCGCUGCCCCACGUCAACGCCGCUGCCGCGGUGACAACCGCCUCCUGUGCCGUGAAUGCUGAUGGGUCGUGCCUCAACACCACGGUGUCGUUCACCGGCACCGACCUCGACAAGGUCGCGUCUGUGCGCAUCGGCCUCACGCCUGCUGACGAGGCGCUCAUCAAAUGCGACACCGUCAAGCCCUCCGCCAAGGCUGUGACGUGCACCCUCGCCGUGGCGUCGUCAGCCAAAGCGGGUCUGUACCCUGCCACGCUGGCGCUGUCCGACGGGACGCAGGUGGAGGCGGGCAGCUUCCUCAUCGGCAACACGUACGAGCAGAAGAGCCUGCCGCGGUGGACCAGCACGACCAAGUCCAGCAACUACCGCGUGACGGGGCAGUCCAGCGACUGGCCCUCCACCGGCGACACCUGGUCCGUCAGUGGCACCUUCAACCCCGCAAGCACGUACAGCAUCGUGUUCUACAACAAUCAAAAGAAGGCCGCCAUCGACAGCCCCGGCACGCCGACCUGCGCGCCUGUCAAGGUCACCGCCACCACGCUCACCUGCACCAUCACGUCCGCCAACGGCGUCAUGGGCAUGUACAACUUCCUGGUGCGGGACAGCACCAACAACGCGCUGCUGCUCGGCUCCAGCUCCCUCCCCAUGCUGGCCGUCAACCCGCCGUUGCCGGAGGUCACGGGCGCGAGCGGCGACUGCGCGACGUUGCGGUCACCCUCGCGAACGGCGUACCCGCAGGUACGUACCCUGUGUACGUGA